UAAUAUUUAACACACCCACUGAAAGCUGGAGCUGCAGAGCUACUAGUCCAACCAGUCUCCAGAAUUCAGUGUAGCUGAAAGAGGUUUUCACUCUGCACCUGCCAAAGAUCUCUCCCCCCUUUUCCCUUCUCUCCCCCCUUCUCUCUUCCCUUUCUCUCUCUCUCUCUUUCUAAAAGAUCUGUAAAACCCAGCAGAGAUCAAAGACCUCUUCGCUAAAAAGAACCUCUACUGAUUUAUAUUAGUUUCUUCCCUCUAAUCCUUCCUUCUCCCCCCUCUCUUUUUUUUUUUUUCCCUCUGUGCCAUAUUUAACCUUUAUGUUGCAGUUGUGCCAUCAGACAGUUUUGCAGCCAAAAAAAACGAACCCAAGCCAAAGCACAAGCCCAGCUCGGAUACAGCAGCCAYCCAGACUCGAUCUCAGUUGAACGUACUAAUCUCUCCCAAGCACUGGACGCGAUGGAUGAAGAAACUGGAACCGCUCUAAGGAAAUGAUUUUCCAGCCAAUGUUCUUAAAGAGUCUGAGAGAAGAGAGGGAGCGAGAGCGAGCGGAGAGCGCUUCUGCUGCAUCACUGCUCAAAUCCAAGGGAAGGGAGUCAGCGUUUCCAGCACAGCCAAAUAUUAUGGAUGWUUUUUUUUCUUCUGUCGCCUUUCCGCACAGGUUUUCUUAAUAUUUUUCUUUUCCCCCUCCUCCUCCCCGUAUUUUUUUUUAAAUUUUAUUUAAUCAGUGCCUGUAUCUGAUGCCGGUUUCUUUCCAAGAGCCAGUUUUCCCUGUUUGUUGUGAUCCCYGUAAUAAAAAGAGGGAGAAAUCGUGAACAGAUGGCUUUCUAUAUUGCCAUGCCGCUGGCAUUGUUUUCCUGUUGAUUUUAAAGGCUCGGUCCGGAGCUCCUUUUUUUUGAAAAAGAAAAAAAUUUUUUUCCCUUUUAUUUUAUUUUAUUUUUUUUUUUGCCCUCCCCCUCCCAAGUUCUUGAUGAUACUGAGACAUGAGGACCUAUCGGGUUUAGCCUGUUUAUUUCUCGGCGCCUAUGGAGGUAACUUUAUUGACUUGAUCGCUCGCUUCCCGACCCGAGAGGAGCCCGCCGGAGCCCCGGGGUGGCUCUGUCCGCCGCCUCCCCUCCCUCCCCCUCCCCGCUAAUUCAUCAGCCGCCCCGGCCAUGAAAAUGCUCCUGGUCCGCAAGUUCCGGGUGCUGAUCCUGAUGGUUUUCCUCGUCGCCUGCACCAUGCACAUCAUGAUCGACCUGCUGCCUCGCCUGGAGCGCCGCGGCCCCGAGAGCCGCCCGGGCUGCUCCUGCCCUCCGCCCGCGGCCGCGCCGCCCCGCGCCGCCGCUCCGCGCUGGCCCAGCAAGCACACGCUGCGGAUCCUGCAGGACUUCAGCGCCGAGCCGGCCUCCAACCUCUCGUCGCAGUCGCGGGAGGCGGCGGAGCGGGCGGCGGGCGGCGGUGGAGGGGAGGGAGCGGCGGAGGAGCGGGCGGCGGGGAGGACGCGGCGCUUGAUCGGCCCCGGAGCUCCGCGCCCGCCGCCCCCCGCCGCCAACGCCGCCCCGCUGGCCGCGCUCUUCCAGCACCCGCUCUACCGCGCCGCCCUGCCCCCGCUGGCCGACGGCGACCUCCUCUUCAAUGUCAACAGCGACAUCAGGUUCAACCCGCGGGCGGCCGAGCAGCCCGAGUGGCAAAAUGAAGAUCAUCAUGAAGAAUUUUUGCCAACUGGAGAAACCUCCAUAGACUCCUACCCAAACUGGUUAAAAUUCCACAUUGGCAUUAAUCGGUACGAGUUGUAUUCCAGRCAUAAUCCUGCAAUAGAAGCUUUACUACAAGACCUUGUCUCCCAAAAGAUAACCAGUGUUGCAAUGAAAUCAGGAGGCACCCAGCUGAAGCUGAUCAUGACAUUCCAGAACUAUGGACAAGCAUUGUUUAAACCAAUGAAGCAAACCAGAGAACAAGAAACCCCGCCUGACUUUUUUUACUUCUCAGACUACGAGAGGCAUAAUGCAGAAAUAGCAGCAUUUCAUCUGGACAGGAUCCUGGAUUUCCGCCGUGUGCCCCCRGUUGCAGGCAGACUGGUGAACAUGACGAGGGAAAUACGAGAUGUGACUCGUGACAAGAAGCUCUGGAGAACGUUUUUCAUCUCACCAGCCAACAACAUCUGCUUCUACGGGGAGUGCUCCUACUACUGCUCAACAGAGCACGCCCUGUGUGGGAAACCCGAUCAGAUCGAAGGCUCCCUGGCUGCUUUCCUGCCUGAUUUGUCCCUGGCCAAGAGGAAAACCUGGAGGAACCCUUGGAGACGCUCCUACCACAAACGCAAGAAAGCAGAAUGGGAAGUUGAUCCAGAUUAUUGUGAAGAGGUUAAACAAACACCCCCGUAUGACAGUGGGACCAGAAUCCUGGAUAUAAUGGAUAUGACAGUUUUUGAUUUCCUAAUGGGUAACAUGGAUCGACAUCACUAYGAAACCUUUGAGAAGUUUGGAAAUGAAACUUUCAUUAUCCACUUGGACAACGGAAGAGGGUUUGGAAAAUAUUCCCAUGAUGAACUUUCCAUAUUGGUGCCUUUAAACCAGUGCUGCAGAAUAAGGAAGUCUACCUAUCUGCGAUUACAGCUGUUAGCCAAGGAGGAGUACAAACUCAGUCUCCUGAUGAAAGAAUCUUUGCUAAAAGAUAAAAUAGCUCCAAUCCUCUACCAGCCUCACUUGGAGGCGAUGGACAGGCGGCUGAGAAUUGUCCUCAAGGCUGUCAGUGACUGCAUAGAGAAGGAUGGUUAUGACAACGUGGUUGAAAAUGACUUUAACACUGAUGUUAACACUGCUACCACCGAGAGGUAGUGAAAUGGCAAGGCUAYGUUUCUACCAGCCACGUCAAGAAGAUUCAAAGAGGAAAAAGAAAAAGAAAAA